UAGAGAAGUUUGAAAAACUGCCGUAACCGCUCGAACUAUUAAAGUAUUGGUCUAAAAACCCGUCGUCCCAAAUUAGGGUUUAAGAAUUGGCGCCUUCAGUGUGAACCGAAUAAUUUGUUUUUGGAGUUCGAUUCAAUCUCCUGAUCGGAAAUCUGAGGAAUCCGAAUCCAGAAUGGCGACAAGAAUUGGAUUGAUGCUUCCUCGGCCGGUGACGUUUGUGACCGGCAACGCCAAGAAGCUUGAGGAAGUUCGAGCAAUAUUGGGCAACUCUAUUCCUUUUCGUUCUCUCAAGCUUGACUUGCCGGAGUUGCAAGGCGAACCAGAAGAUAUAUCGAAAGAGAAGGCUCGGUUGGCUGCUAUCCAGGUUAAUGGGCCGGUUCUGGUGGAAGAUACAUGCCUCUGCUUCAAUGCUUUGAAGGGUCUUCCUGGGCCAUACAUCAAAUGGUUCUUGGAGAAGAUUGGUCACGAAGGUCUGAACAAUUUGUUGAUGGCAUACGAGGACAAGUCAGCAUAUGCUUCAUGCAUCUUUUCAUUUUCUCUUGGGCCUGAAUCUGAACCGAUUACAUUUGUGGGAAAAACUCCGGGAAAAAUUGUUCUUCCGAGGGGCCCUAAUGAUUUUGGUUGGGAUCCAAUUUUUCAACCUGAUGGCUUUGACCAAACGUAUGCUGAAAUGUGCAAGGAAGAAAAGAACAAGAUAUCUCAUCGCUAUCGUGCUCUUGCACUGGUGAAAUCUCACUUUGCUGAAGCUAAUUACACCUUCCCGAUCGAAGACUAAAGGUUCUCUCUAUCUUGCCCCUGCCAUAACAAACUAUUUACAAGCUUUUUGCAGCGGUGCUGUUAACUAAUUGUUUGAUUUAAAGUUGUCAUGUCCAUCUUAUUAAAAUCUAAUUGUUUGAUUUAUAUAUUAGAAUUGUUUAGAUUAAAUCAUAUCUUUAGUAUUUUGUUUUAGGGUCUUAUAUUUUACCUUAAUUUCAGUUUGGUUCUUAUUUUAUGAAAUAUGAAAGCAUAGAACCAUAUUUUUAUUGAAUUUCUUGUUUUCAGAUUCCUUACAAAACAUAUACCUAGAGGUUUAAAUUACUCACGUGUCAUAUGGUCGAACUGACAACUACACAUAGUGCUUUUUCUUCAAAUCUUAAAGUUUUCUAUCCAAUUCCUACCUGUAUUUAGGAAUGAAAGAGAAAGGGGUUGGAAGCCAUGUGUAUGUGUGUGGAGACAGAAUGUAAGGUAAUGGGUGGUUGCUUUCUUUGAUUGAUUCUAUGGUUCUCUUUCAACAGUCUCUUAUCAGUUGUAAAGUGGAGCAUGAGGCAAAGCCUACCAUGUGUAGUAGAAUAGUGUUCAACUGAAUUUAGUUCUUGGAAUGAAUAAUUACACUUUGGAAUACUUCCUUCAAA